GCCUAUAUUGGAUCCCCGCGGCUAACUGGACCAACCAACUGGAUACCAAACCAGGUAAAACCGGCAGAGGGUUUCCCCAAAAAUCUCAAACCCUAGAAAGCCACCAACUCUUUUUGGUUUUUUCUCCUUCCAAUCUCUGGAGGGCAACCGGAGCCCAAUCUCUGAAAAAUGAAGACGGUCUCCGGUGAGGUACUCUCGUCGAAGCCAAUCUCUCUUAAGAAGGCGACCUCGAUUCUCUCCACCUUCGCAUCCGCCGACAACGGCGCGUCGCCGGCAAUCUGCGCCUACCUCCGACGCGCCCUGGCCUCGUUCAAGGAGCUGAGACAUCAGGAGAAGGAGCUCGGAGCUCGACGUUCCGAGCGGAAGCAGGAGAGGCCCAGACCGGAGAUCGUAAGCGAAGUGGAGGCAGUACCAGUGAACCCGCCUCGGAGUGCCGAGGUGAGUCCGGCACCGAGUCACAAACAAAAAAGACAUCGACUGGAUAGUAAUAUUAGCGGAAGUCCCGUUGGCAAGGAUGAUAAACAGACCCAGAGUGUUGUUUCCGUUCCGGAAACGAGUCAUGGGGUUGGAGACAACGUGGGAGAGAAGGGAAAGAGAGAGAAACGGGGGAAGAAUAAGCCGAAGGGCGAGUUUGGUAAUUUCGGGGACAAUGGAGGUACUGGGAGUAAUUUGAAAAUCGAGGCGGGAGAAGAUCGGGGUCAAGAAACGGGUAAGGGAGAUGAUGGCGUAGUGGGGACAGAGAACCAGAGAAAGUGGGACGGAAAAAAGAAGAAAAAAGAUGGGGAUUAUGUUGGAAGUGUUGAAAAUGAUGGGAUCGAAGAGGCAAAAGGGAAGUUCAGGAAGAAGAAAAUUAUUAAAGAGAUUAAAGAAGAAAUUAAAGAGGCCGGUUUAGAUGAUUCGGAGACGGCGGAGCAGCAGAGUAAUAAAAAGAAGAAGAAGAUGAAAAUUGACGACGAUAAGUUUGAUAACAAUGGGAUUGGCGCUGAGGAAAAAUAUGAUGGAAGUGAAAUGAGAAUUGAAGAGGUAAAGAAGGAAAGCAAGAAGAGGAAGAGUGAGGUUGAAGAAAAAAAGGUGGUGGAUGAUUCAGAGGAGCAGUGGAGUAAGAAGAAGAAGAGGAGGAAAACUGAUUGAAAUAGUUGACUAUAGGCAGUUUAGCUGUAUUUCUGUUAGUGUUGUGUUUGGGGUCUGGUGAAGAUUUUGUUUUUUCUCUUGGAAGCAAUCCAUGAGCUUGGUCGAAUUGGGGGGAUUUUUUUUUUUUUUUUUUUUGGUAACGCGUAAUUUAUUUAUAUAAUGUUGAGGGAAUGCCGUUUUUUGGUAGCUAUUGAUUGAAAUGCUGAUGGUUAGUGUUGUACCUGUUAAAGCAUAAGAAGUAACCAUGUUUAUUUCAAGUGUGCAAUUAGAUGGUUGAUGAAAGAAGUGAUCCUCGAAAAACAAAGGCAGCAUAUGAGGAUGUUUUUCUUCUGUUAGAAAAUUGCGAUUCACUCCUUUGCUAGUGCUUCUGCCUGUGUCUAUAUUGAUUUUAAUUACCGUAGUGAACUUAGGAAGACACCUUCCUUACAUCGUCUGUAGUGGCAGUGAUUCUUCACCUGGUUUAUUGAACUAUAAGUUCGAUUGGAUGCUGAUGUAACAGGGACUAUGGGAAGAUUUUCAGGUGCAUUUCUUAUGUUAUGACCGCUUUAGUUAUUGUUUGGGCACCUUGGUGACUGUUUGGAACUCAUACGUUGCUUUUAGGAUGCUGAUGGCAGUGAUGGCUCUACUGCAUGUAGUUGCUUGACUUGUCUUUUUAUUGUAGAGAACAUUCCCAGUUCAGAUAAUCGUGUAGUUGGGAUA